GAAGGCGCGGGCUCCGGCGGCAGCGCGGCGCCACUGAAGGUAGGACCGGGGUCGGCGCCUGCGCACUCGCCGGUGUCCGCUGCCCGCUUCGGUCCCCCGCCUUUCCGGUUCCCACCUCGCGAACGAUGGCGGCGGAGUCGUGGGCGCGGGCGGUGGAUCUGCAGGAGUCGGCGGCCGAGUCGCUGAGCAACCUGAAACUGAAGGAAGAGAGUCCGAACGCUGAGCCAAAAGAAGCAAUUGUAAAGCAAGAUCAUUCGGAUAAAGUGGAUAAAAGCAGUAAACCAGACAAAAGUGGUGAUAGUGCAGACGCCAAGCCAGACGAAGAUGACAGAGAGGACAAGGCUGCCCAGUCCCUGUUGAAUAAGCUCAUCCGCAGUAACCUGGUUCAAUCAUCACACCAGGUUGAGGUGCUGCAGAGAGAUCCAAAUUCCCCACUCUACUCGGUGAAGUCCUUUGAAGAGCUGCAUUUGAAGAAGGAACUUCUGCAAGGUGUGUAUGGAAUGGGAUUCAACAGACCUUCGAAGAUCCAAGAGACAGCCUUGCCCAUGAUGCUUGCAGAGCCCCCACAGAAUCUGAUUGCGCAGUCUCAGUCAGGCACUGGGAAGACGGCUGCCUUUGUCCUGGCUAUGCUCAGUCGUGUGGACCUCUCCCAAAGGCAUCCACAGUGCUUAUGCCUUUCUCCAACCUAUGAGCUGGCCUUGCAGACCGGACAAGUGAUUGAACAGAUGGGAAAGUUCUGUCCUGAUAUCAAGUUAGCUUAUGCUGUGCGAGGAAACAGACUUGAGAAAGGCCAGAAGAUUUCAGAACAAAUCGUUAUUGGAACACCAGGGACAGUAAUGGACUGGUGCACAAAGCUGAGAUUCAUAGAUACCAAGAAAAUUAAAGUUUUUGUCCUGGAUGAAGCUGAUGUCAUGAUUGCUACUCAAGGACACCAAGACCAGAGCAUUCGAAUUCAGAAGAUGCUGCCUCAGAACUGUCAGAUGCUGCUGUUCUCGGCCACAUUUGAAGACUCUGUCUGGAAGUUUGCACAGAAGGUUGUUCCCGAUCCUAACAUUAUCGAGUUGAAGCGAGAGGAAGAAACCUUGGAUACAAUUAAGCAAUAUUAUGUCCUGUGCAACAGCAAGGAAGAGAAAUAUCAGGCUCUGUGUAAUAUUUAUGGAGCAAUAACUAUAGCACAGGCCAUGAUCUUUUGCCAUACCCGCAGGACGGCUGGCUGGCUGGCAGCAGAAUUGUCUAAAGAAGGUCAUCAGGUAGCGUUGCUCAGUGGUGAGAUGAUGGUGGAACAGCGAGCUGCUGUGAUCCAGCGAUUCCGGGAUGGGAAAGAGAAAGUCCUGGUUACGACUAAUGUCUGUGCAAGAGGUAUUGAUGUUGAGCAAGUCUCUGUUGUCAUAAACUUCGAUCUUCCUGUGGAUAAGGACGGUAACCCAGACUGCGAGACGUACCUUCACAGGAUCGGACGGACAGGCCGUUUCGGAAAACGUGGUUUGGCUAUCAACAUGGUGGACAGUAAAUACAGCAUGAACAUCCUGAACCGGAUCCAGGACCACUUCAACAAGAAAAUUGAAAAACUUGAUACAGAUGACCUUGAUGAGAUUGAGAAGAUCACUAACUGAAGUACAACAGGCUGAACUCAUUUGAGCCCUUCUCAACCCUGUGACAACAUGCACUGCCCAGAUGCAAUUGGACUUUUGGACUUGGAAUCAGUUCAGUUUAUUCUGUAGCCAAUUUUGAGAAUAAACUGACAGAAUCAAAUUAUAUUCAAUUUACCUCAUUUAAAAGUUUGCAUUGGGACUGUAAAAUUUUGUAUUUUUCCUUCAAAGGAGUGAAUAAUAAAAGAUGCCAGGGAAGUGUUUACAUUAAAACAUUCAACAUUAUAUAGUUUGUCCUAGUUAGCCUUAAAAAGAAUAUUUGAAAUGCCAAACAACAAAGAAAAGGUGAGAAAUGUAAAUGUGAAGUAAAAGUGACCCUUUCAGUUCCGAUAUUGUUCAUUUUUAAUACAGUGGGUUACAAACAUAGAUUUAAUUCUACUUGGGAAUGAAAUGUUACUGAAAUAAAUUGAAACAAGGUAUGUUAUCUUAGACAAAUUUAAUGACACUUCAUUAUUUAGCAUAUGAAUUACAGAGUGUAAUUUAUUCUCACCAACUAUGGUAGUUGAGGUGGUUAUCUGCUGGCUUCCUUAAUUUAUUACACACAGGUAAUUUAAUCACAGCUAAUUUCCACCUAGACCCAGGGAUGGCAUUUUUAAUCUCGUUACUCACCCUGUAUUCAAAGGUAUCUAGUGUGCUAUAGUUACUCUUGGCCGCUUCUACAGACUGAGAUUAAAAAACUUCCUACUCUGUGACAUGCCAGCCUCCCCAAAAGCUCUCCCAUAACUUGCUGUUCAGCUAUAGUGAAUCAAAAAGCCCCUCUAACAGUUAACCCAGUGCUUUAACCAAAUAGGGAUGUUAGUUGCUUAAUACAGGAGCUUGCAUAAUUAGCUUCCAGAGUGGUUAUAGAAAAUGUAAUAUGUUUUUAUAUGACCCAGGUAUCUGAUUUGAUCUCCACCUAAAAUUUCCAGGCAUUUUGGGUAAGAAGCAGUAUUUGCUGGGCAGAAGUAAUUUCUAAUUAAGCAUUGAAGAGUUUGAACAUAAAUCCUGAAUAAAGCUGCUGUUUGAAUAAGUAGACUAGAGCAGCAUGUAAAGUGACUUGCUCGAUUUCUUCAGAGUUAAUAGUUUUUGGAUUAGCUGCACUCAAUAAACAUUCUGUAUGAUGGCUUGGAAUUUCAACUCGUAUAACUUAAAUAUCUGCACAAAUGAAAUGCAUCAUAGUCAGUUCUUGGGUGUAUAACUUUAUGCUUGUGUAGAAUAUAAGCCAGAUACUGUUCCGAGCUUCUAGCUGGAUAUAGCUUUUGUAGACCUGUGCCCUCACAUUAAGUAUGAUUGUUCUCCAUUUCACGCUUAUGUAAAACUAAUAAUUGACUUGUGAGGCUAUAUUUGCCAUGCACUGUGUGCUACUGUACUACAAGAGGCAGCUAGAGAAAUCAAUGACAUUUUGAAGACCUGUGACACACUAAUCAAGUCAGAUUUCUGCUGUUAUGUUGUUUCCCAUUUAUACAAGAUAUUCCAUUUGAUGAAUGUUAACUUUCAAGUCAAUACAUUUGUACACACUGUUUUUAAAUCAUUUUACUAAUGCAAUACUUUGAUCCUUAAACAUGAAUUGGGAAGUGUGUAUCUUUAUUUUUCUACUUGAAAUCUGUCAACCAGAGAUUGGGUGAUUUCUUGUGCUUGUCCCCUGUCUUGAACCUUCAUACGCUGUGGCUGGUGCACAUAGUUAGUAGCUACUGUGAAGUAGCUGCCAUUGCAACGUUAAGGAACAACUACCUUGAUCAGCAUAGCAAUCCUAAUUAAAAAGGGAAUUGUGGUUUGGCAAUCAAUUAUUUGCAAUAUAUGGCUAGCUGGUGAAUGACUACUUGUAUUCGACAAGUAAUGUUUUCAUUUGUUGACUUGCAGCUCUGCAGUAAGUGGGAACUAUUUAACAAUCUCUCCUCACACUGGAACUGAUUCAAAUCUGUUGUUUGCUGGAAGUGGGGAGAGCAAGGAGGAAACUAUUAAAAAAAAGACAAAAUAUGAAAUACAAUCUUCUGCGACAAUAUUGGCUGUGAAAUUCUGUUCAAAUGCAGAAAUAAAUUAAACUUUUACCGAGUAAAAAUUAAAAAGAAUUUGAGGUUGUACCUAAAAUUUUAGGAGAAUUUGACAAAAUGCCCUCUCCACAUGUAUAAAAGCUUUACCUUAAAUUGGUUGUGCAGCUUCAAUUACUGUGUGUUGAAUUUUGUACUAUAGGGUGUAUGCAUUUGUACACAGUGCAUUUUUAUUUGAAUUGGAUUGUAAUUGGAAAUAUUUAAACUGCAGAAAUGAAUGGCGUGUCAUGGAUAAAUUGAGACUGAAAUGCCUAUAAUUUUACAAAUUGUAAUUGAUCAUUUAGCAGCCCUGACAAUGGAGAUGGCUAAUGCUGCUUCGGGUUUCCAUAUUAUUCUUAUGUACUAAUUGGAAUAAAGAUUAAGUACAUAAA